CAUAAUAUUUUGAUUGAUAAAAAUGCUGUCUUUACAUUUUUGAGAAGAUGCGCAUCACAAGUAGUGUGAGAUUACAUUUUCAUAUCCAACUUAUUUUGUGGUGCUUUUCGCAGAUAGAUUCCUUUGUACUCUUCCGGCGCUACUUUUAAUAGCCAAGAAAAAAAAACAUAUGCUUCUCUUAAUUUAAGCAUUUUAGCCUUUGAUCCUCUCUACUCUUCUCUGGUCUCUCCAUGGCUGCAUUGUCGAAAGCCCACGUUGAGUUGAGUGAUGGGAUUAAUGAAACAAGAAAGUUGACUGACUCUCGAUAUCCUUCUUGGUAUUCUCCUCAAACAGGGAUAUAUUCCAGCAAAUACCCAUCUAUCAACCUUCCCUCUGAGCCUCUUCUUGAUGUUGUUUCCUUCAUUUUCUCACAUAAACACAAUGGGUUACAUGCACUCGUUGAUUCAGCAUCUGGGCUUUCGGUUCCAUACUCAAAGCUCUCACCUUUGGUGAAAUCCAUGGCUGCUGGUCUCCACCAUUUGGGAGUGAAGCAAGGUGAUGUUAUCAUGAUUUUGCUCCCCAAUUCUGUCUGUUUCCCUAUAGUUUUCUUGGGUGCUUUGAGUCUUGGUGCAGUUGUGACCACCAUGAAUCCCUUGAGUAGUUUGUUGGAGAUAAAAAGACAGUUUCUUGAUUGUAAUGCAUCUCUAGCAUUUGCUGCCAUUGGUAAAGUUGAUGAGUUAGUUAAUGCAUUAGGGGGUUGCCGUGUAGUCGGGGUGCCCGAAGCUUUAGAUGUCAAUUCCCUGUCUAGUGAUGAUUCUGUUUUCCAUAACCUGAUUUCUAGUGAUCCUGCAAUGGCACCGAGGCCUAGAAUUAGGCAGCAGGACACUGCCGCGAUUUUGUACUCAUCGGGCACUACUGGUAGGUCGAAAGGAGUUAUGUUGAGUCAUGGCAACUUCAUAGCUAUGAUUGAGCUUUUUGUGAGAUUUGAGGCUUCUCUUUAUGACUAUCCCAGUUCAGAGAAUGUUUACUUGGCUGUUGUUCCAAUGUUUCAUGUUUACGGAUUAUCUCUAUUCGUUUUGGGAUUGUUGUCGUUGGGGGGUACUAUUGUCACUAUGAAACGAUUCGAUGCAAUUGAAAUGGCGAGAUCUAUUGAGAAAUAUGGUGUCACUCACCUUCAUUCUGUUCCACCUAUACUGGUAGCAUUGACAAGGAAAGCUAAGAAAGGUUGUGCCAGUAGUUUUCGGAGUUUGAAGCAGGUUUGCUGUGGGGCAGCUCCGUUGAGCGAGAAAAGCAUCACUGAACUGGUUGAGUCACUCCCCUAUGUUGAUUUCAUUCAGGGUUAUGGCAUGACAGAAUCAACUGCUGUGGCAACUCGUGGCUACAAUACCAUCGGAGCUCACAGAUAUUCGUCUGCAGGGCUUCUUUCGCCUAAUGUUGAAGCUAAAGUGGUAGACUGGGUCACCGGCGCUCACUUGCCUCCAGGUUCCGUUGGUGAGCUAUGGUUGCGCUCACCUGGAAACAUGAAAGGAUACUUGAAUAAUAUCGAAGCAACGAUGGUUGCACUUGACAAAGACGGUUGGCUACAUACGGGAGAUAUUGUUUAUUUUGAUCAAGAAGGAUACUUGUAUGUGAUUGACCGCUUGAAAGAGGUCAUCAAGUACAAAGGCUUCCAGAUUGCUCCUGCUGAUUUAGAGGCAGUUUUGAUGACACACCAUGAAAUACUUGAUGCGGCUGUUACAGGUAUGAAGGACGAAGAAGCUGGAGAGAUCCCCGUUGCAUUUGUUGUUCCCAGAGAAGGGAGUUUCCUCACUGAAGCAGGUGUGAUGAACUACGUGGCGAAGCAGGUUGCACCUUAUAAGAAAGUGAGGAAGGUCUACUUUCGCUCAUCUAUACCGCGAUCGCCUGCAGGAAAAAUACUCCGGAGAGAGCUCAAGAACAUGUUAAUUUCCAAGCUUUAGGUCUAUAUAUAUACAGAAGCAGUCUACAGAUAUGCUGUGAAAAGAUUGUGACUGAAGCAGAAGAAGAAAAUUGCAUUCUUUCAUGUGCAUAUUGGGAUCACUUUCAUGUUUUAUCAACAAAAUUUGUGCAUUGAUCUUUUCUUUUUGCCGGCAUUGCAAUGAAAUUAAGAUCCCAUUCAUUGUAUUAGCCAACAAUUAGAUUUUUAUGCAGUAUUAUAAAAGUCUAUAGAAGUUAUUGCUCA